AUGACUCCUUAUUUACCUCCAGAGUGUCUUCAAGAAAUAUUUAUUAAUCUUGUAGAUGAUAUUCAAACUUUACAUUCAAUUAUAUUAGUUAAUAAAUUAUGGUAUGAAAAUGGAAUAUCAAUUUUAUGGAGAAAACCAUUUUCUUAUGAUAAUGAUUGGAAUAAUUUAUAUAAAAUAAUUCCUAUAUAUUUAUAUUUUUUAUCAAAAGAAACAAAAGAUGAACUUGAAAUUCAUGAAAUUUCUAUACCAAUUAAACCUUCUAUUAAUUAUAUAUCAUUUAUUCGUGAAUUAGAUUUAUAUAAUUUACUUAUGCAAUUAUGUGAAUGGAUGAUUGAUCACCUUGAAAUUACUAUGGGAAAUAUGGAUGGUAUCGUUUUUGAUUAUCUUGAUUCGGAAUAUUUUUUUGAUAUAUUUAAUGAAGUUCCUUCUAAUUGGUUUACAAAAAUUUCAAAACUUGAAUAUGAUGGUCAACAUUUACUUAAAAAAUUUCAAGAAAAUGCUUAUAAUAUUAAUAGUUUAUCUUUUGGUUUUCAUACUUUUAUACCUGAUUUUAUUCCUUCAAUUUCUUCUUUAAUCUCAACUCAGAAUAAUUUGGUGGAUUUGGAUUUAUAUUUAGGUUAUAAUGAUAGUGAAAUUAUUAUUUUUGAAAUUAUAUUAACAUUAACGACAAAUUGUGUACAUUCAUUAAAAUCAUUAUCAUUGGCAUCAGGUGGUAAUGGUAUAGUACAAAAUGUUAAAGAAUUAGAAAUGUUAUCAAGAUGUAAUCAUUUAGAAAGAUUACAAUUACGAAAUGUUGAAUUCACAAAUUACAACAAUAAUAAUUUUUUAUUUGAAUUCUCAAACUUGACAUCUUUAGAAUUAUUUGAUGUUAGAAUGGUUAGUCAAAAUUCUGAAGAAGAUCUCGUUAAUUUAAUUAAACAAAUUAUGAAAAAUUCAAAAUUAAUUAGUUUAGAUUUGGAACCUUUUAUUGGUGAUAAAUAUUGUAAUUUAGUCGAAUCUAUUCCACAUCAUUGUUCUAAUUUAACUGAAUUAACUUUGAAGAUAAAUGAUACUUAUGAAAAUACCAUGGUAGCGAUAUUAACUAUUUUACCACUUUUUAAUAACCUUAGAAUUCUUCGUAUAACGGAAGAUUGGGGUGGAAUUCAAUUAGAUGGGGAUAUAUAUAUUAAUCAAUUAUCUUUAAUAUUACCCAACCAAUUACAAAUUUUUAAUAUUACUGGAUUACUUUUUUCUGAUGAACAUUUGAAUUUAUUUUUGGAAAAAUGUUGUUCUAAUUUAAAACAAGUAGUUUUAUUACUUAAAUAUUAUGAUGAUAAACAUGAACAAAUUAUCAAGUCAUACUCAUUAGAAAGAAAUAAGGUCAUUGAAGAUAUUUUUGUUUCUAUUGAUAGUAGGUCUGAGAUUACUAUUAAUUGGAAAUAA